AUGUACUAUUUCGGGGACCCAAACUUUUAUGAAAACCACGUCAAAGGAAUAAAAUUCUGGCCAGAACAGACAAAUCAUCCACCAACAACCAAGGAUGAUUUGCGAGCGGAAUUUGCAAAACUGCAAGCACGACAAAAUUUCAGAAAACCGGCCACAACCUCGAAUGAAGGGUCGUCUACAACCCAACAAGACUAA